AGUACAUAAUACUAGUGCGUAGUCAACCAUAGACAUGGCAGCCAAAACACAAGAUUGCUCUGUUCUACUUCUUUUCCUUAUAUUUAUCUCCGCCUUCAAGCCCUCUCAAGCUGGAGGGAUCGCCAUAUAUUGGGGCCAAAACGGCAACGAAAGUACCUUGGCCGAUACUUGUAACUCAGGUAACUACCAAUUCGUCAACAUAGCUUUCCUAGCUACCUUCGGCGAUGGCCAAAACCCAGUGCUAAACCUAGCCGGGCAUUGUGAUCCAGGCGCCAGUACGUGCACCGGUUUAAGCGCCGACAUAAAAUCCUGCCAGGACAAAGGCAUCAAAGUCUUCCUUUCCAUCGGAGGCACUGUAGGAACCUAUUCUCUUACCUCCGCCGAAGACGCCAAGCAGGUCUCCGAUUACCUGUGGAACAACUUCCUUGGUGGUGAGUCCCGUAUCGGUCCCCUCGGUGAUGCGGUACUGGACGGCAUCGAUUUCCAUAUCGAGGCUGGUUCCGGGAAGUACUGGGAUGAGCUGGCUAGGUCCCUAAGUGGUCGCACCGAACGGAAAGUUUACUUGGCUGCAGCACCACUGUGUCCCAUCCCUGAUGCUCACCUUGACGGAGCCAUCCAAACUGGGCUUUUUGAUUAUAUUUGGGUUCAGUUCUACUACUAUGGUCGAUGCCAAUAUGGUGGACAUACGAACAAUCUUUUAAGCUAUUGGAGCCAGUGGACUCUUCCUCCAACCCAGCAAUUGUUCUUGGGGCUACCCUCGGCGCCUGAGGCGGCUCCCAGCGGUGGAUUUAUUCCAGCCGAUGUUCUCAUCUCUCAAGUUCUUCCAACUAUAAAGAGCUCUCCAAAAUAUGGAGGAAUUAUGCUUUGGAACAAACAGUUUGAUAUUCACUAUAGCAACGCCAUAAAAGGAAGUGUUUAAGCUUGUA